UUUUGUUUUACACUUCCUCGUCUGGUCAUUUAAUUGAGUUCACAACACUUUUAGGCCGCAUUACGCACGCAGUUUCUGACAGCUAGGUUGUCAGAAUCGUCUGCCUGAGGAUCUGGGAACAGCUGAAAACGUUCAGAAUUUUCACACCUCCUGUUCUAUAAAAGCAGGCUUCAGCCAAAUUUCAGGUUCUUCUGAUUGUAGCCAUGAAUCUGGCAGCUGCUCUGGUGCUGCUUCUCACUGCUCAUAUGGCCAGCGGUGCCUUGUGGCAGCUUGGGGUGAUGAUCAGCUGUGUCCAGCCUGGUGUUAACCCUCUAGCAUACGACAAUUACGGCUGCUGGUGUGGCAUCGGAGGAGGGGUGGGGGCUCCUCGGGAUGAAGUGGACAUGUGCUGUCAAGUUCAUGAUAAGUGCUAUGACACAAACAGAAAUGUGUCUGGAUGUGACUCCCUUAUGCAACAUCCCUACAUCCUGGUUUAUGGUUACACCUGUUCAAAUCAGCAAGUGACCUGCUCAGCUACCAACAAUAGGUGCCAGGCUGCUGUGUGCAAGUGUGAUCGGGAAGCAGCUUACUGCUUCGCUAAGGCCACAUACAACCCUGGAAACAAGAACCUGAAUCGCAAAGUCUGUUAAAAUCCAUGCCCCUUAAAAAAAAAAAAGAAUGGUGGAUUUGAAACAUGUUUUCAAAAAUUUCAU